AUGUCGUCCCCAAAAUUGGAUGUCCGCCACAUCCAAGAUAUGAGCAAGGCGUCGGCAUUAGAGCCUCAUUGGGGAUACUACGAUCGCGCUCUUCCUUGUACCAGCGAUCCAGGAUCAUGCGAGUAUCUUGACCAGGUAUACGAAUCCCACGACCUGGGAAUGCUAUAUUCAGGGAUAUUGUGGUGUGUCAUCGGCACAAUUUUGCUCCUCUGGGUUGUCUUGAACCAGUUCAAUGUGCCAACGAUAGCACCGACACUAGCAGCACCAGAACUAGCCGGUCUGUACAAGGUCCGCCGCUCUGUUGCCUCAUUCGCCCGGAAAUAUCUCCUGCCAGAUGCGGCUCGCCUGAUUUUCGGCCGCACAACACGCCUUCAAGUGCUCACUCUCGCUCUGUUGGCUGGCUACCUCCUCAUCUUCAGCUUUGUCGGCAUUCUCUACAACACAUGGGUCACGCCUGUGUCAGACAUGCCCGGUGUAUAUAAUACCCGCAACAGCAUGGGCCCGUGGUCAGACCGCAUCGGGACCCUGGCCUACGCCCUCACCCCGCUCUCCGUGCUACUGAGCAGUCGAGAGUCUUUCCUCUCCCUCAUCACUGGCCUGCCAUACCAGAGCUUCAACUUCCUCCAUCGCUGGCUAGGCUACAUCAUCUUCGUGCAAAGCUCCCUGCACACAAUCGCCUGGUGCGUCAUCGAGCUGAGAAUGUACCAGCCGCAACCCACCGUCGGACUCGAGUGGGUCACUCAGACGUACAUCGUCUGGGGCAUCGUCGCCAUGAUCCUUCUGCUCCUACUAGUCGUGCUGAGCACACCGUGGGGAAUUAGACUCACCGGCUACGAGACCUUCCGCAAACUGCACUACAUCCUCGCCAUGGUCUACAUCGGCGCCUGCUGGGCCCACUGGAAACAGCUCAAAUGCUUCAUGUGGCCCUCGCUGAUCUUCUGGUUCCUCGAUCGCGGAGCUCGCCUCGUUCGCACAGCCUUACUACACUACCACCCCGAUCACUCCGGUACUCUCAGUCUGGGCUUCAAGCCCGCCGACGCGACCAUCACCCGCUUCCCGGACACCGAACACGGAGACGUCAUCCGCCUCGACCUACAAAACAACCAGGACCCCCUGGUCCAUCGGCCAACACUACUACCUCUCCUUCACGAAAUGCAGCAUCUGGCAAUCCCACCCCUUCACCCCACUCAACGUCCCCACCGCACAGUCCAACACUCCUACAUCCUCCGCGCGAAAAGCGGCGAAACGAAAAAGGUCGCUGACCUCGCCGCCACCGGCACACCCACAACACCCGUCAUCCUGACCGGCGCAUAUGGCGAGUCCAUCACCAGUCACUUGACACCAAGCACGAAUAUAAUCUGCGUCGCCGGCGGGACCGGCAUCACGUACGUCCUCCCCGUUCUGCUAAAUCUUGCCCGCCAGCAACCCUCGCCAGACCGCAAGGUCGAGCUCAUCUGGGCGGUCCGCCACACGGCGAAUACGGAGUGGGUUGCGGCAGAGCUGGAUCUCUUGCAGAAAGCGCGGAAGACAUUAAAUCUCGAGAUUCGCAUUUUCGCUACCCGGGACGCGGGGAGCAAGACGCCUUCGGAGAGCUCAGAUUCCGAAAACUGUAAUCUGGAGGUCCCGAAGAUUGGGGAGAAGGUCGUGCAGGUCUCACCUUCGAAGUCGGUUUCUGCGUGCUGUGGGUGUGAUAAGCCCACGGCUGUGGAGCGUCUCGGCGGCGCUUCGGAUGAUGUCAAUAGACAUCCUGAUCUUCCGCGGUUGGUUGGUGAUUUCUUGGCUGAGACGGUGCGCGGCCCGACUAGUGUCUUUGCUAGUGGGCCUGGUGGUAUGAUUAGUGACCUGCGGGAUAUUGUUGCUUCUUGUAAUUCUGGUGGCAAGGUCUGGAACGGGCAGGAGAGAUUUGAUGUUAGUCUUAUCUGUGAUGAUCGGUUGCAGUGGUGA